AAUAAGAGGGAGAAAACCUCAGCCGUUGGAUCUCACGGUCACAGUUCCCACUCGCAUAUAAAUCGGUUAAUCCUCUUCCCCACCCACACUCGCUCGCUCUCUCUCUCUCUCUCUCUCUCCGUCGAUCGAUCCUCCUUGUCUCUUCAUUUCCUCCGAACAGGAAAAAUGAGAGAAAUCCUUCACGUUCAAGGAGGCCAAUGUGGAAACCAGAUCGGAUCGAAGUUCUGGGAAGUUGUCUGUGAUGAACACGGCAUAGAUCCGACUGGAAGGUAUAUUGGGACCUCUGACUUACAAUUAGAACGUGUCAAUGUAUACUACAAUGAGGCCUCUUGCGGGAGAUUCGUUCCUCGUGCUGUGCUCAUGGAUCUUGAGCCUGGCACCAUGGAUAGUGUCCGAACUGGUCCCUAUGGCCAGAUCUUCCGCCCUGAUAACUUUGUCUUCGGUCAAUCUGGUGCGGGAAACAACUGGGCAAAAGGACAUUAUACCGAGGGUGCAGAACUUAUUGAUUCGGUUCUUGAUGUUGUGAGGAAGGAGGCUGAGAACUGUGACUGUCUUCAAGGAUUCCAAGUUUGCCACUCGCUGGGUGGAGGAACUGGUUCAGGGAUGGGUACCUUGCUUAUCUCCAAAAUUAGGGAGGAAUAUCCUGACAGGAUGAUGCUCACAUUCUCUGUGUUCCCUUCACCAAAGGUCUCAGAUACAGUGGUUGAGCCGUAUAAUGCUACACUUUCUGUUCAUCAGCUUGUCGAGAAUGCAGAUGAGUGCAUGGUGCUUGAUAAUGAAGCACUUUAUGAUAUCUGUUUUAGGACUCUUAAGCUUACCACUCCUAGCUUUGGUGAUCUGAACCACUUGAUCUCCGCAACCAUGAGCGGGGUCACUUGCUGCCUCCGAUUCCCUGGUCAACUCAACUCCGACCUCCGGAAGCUUGCCGUAAACCUGAUCCCCUUCCCACGUCUCCACUUCUUCAUGGUGGGUUUUGCUCCCCUCACCUCACGCGGGUCCCAGCAAUACCGUGCCCUCACGGUCCCUGAACUGACCCAACAAAUGUGGGACUCAAAGAACAUGAUGUGCGCCGCCGACCCCCGCCAUGGCCGCUACCUCACUGCUUCCGCCAUGUUCAGGGGCAAAAUGAGCACCAAAGAGGUGGACGAGCAGAUGAUCAAUGUUCAAAACAAGAACUCCUCUUACUUUGUGGAGUGGAUUCCAAACAAUGUGAAGUCCAGUGUGUGUGACAUUCCGCCCAAGGGACUUUCCAUGGCGUCCACCUUUAUAGGGAAUUCAACCUCCAUUCAGGAAAUGUUCCGGAGAGUGAGUGAGCAGUUCACUGCUAUGUUUAGAAGGAAGGCUUUCUUGCAUUGGUAUACUGGAGAAGGAAUGGACGAGAUGGAAUUCACGGAAGCAGAGAGCAACAUGAAUGAUCUGGUGUCUGAGUACCAGCAGUAUCAGGAUGCAACUGCUGACGAGGAGGGAGAAUAUGAGGAUGAGGAGGAAGAAGGAAUGGAGCAAAUGUGAAGAGAAUAUGAGUACCCGAUGCUACUGGGGUAUGUUCACUCUAUUAUGUAUUUGAUGAUGGGUCUUAUGGUAGUCCGGCUAGGGCAGUCUGAAACCAUUCAGUUUAUUUGUGACCCUAUAAUGGCGACUGAGCAAAUAAGGUUGUGUAGGUUGCAUGUUCUGGUUCUUUGCUACCUUUUCUUUUGCUACCUCGUGUCUGAAUUUCCGAGUCAUCCACGUUUCGUGUUUUAUGUAGUGAAUCAUUGCUCUAUAUUCUAAUCUUCAAUGUUAUUGUAUUCAAUUA